GUGGGUCUGUCAUCGGAGCACACCCGUGCUCUUCCAGUUCUAACUUUCCCCUCAGCGCAUUGGAGGAGGCCGACGAGGCAGCUCGCGGACACACCCGUCACAGUCAACACUUGGAACGGACUAAACUUACACGAACCAAGAUGACCUCAUUCGUAUGGAUCGUUCUUUUGGCCAGUCUUGUUGCAACAAAAGCUCAAGACGGUUUUGACCUCGCAGAUGCCUUUGGAGAUGAUGACCCCGAGCCCACAGACAAACCGAAAGUACCUGAAGCACCUAAAAUCCCAGAGCCUGCCGCACCAGCCGAGGGUGGAGGUGGACUGGACCUUAAUGAUGCCUUAGGAGAGCCUGAUAACACUCCGGAAGAUCCUAAGAAGCCAGCAGGAGAUGGCUUUGAUCUCUCCGACGCACUGGGCCCAGGUGAGACUCCCACGGAUCCAAAGAAGCCAGCCACCGACGGUGAACUGGACCUUAAUGAUGCCUUCGGAGGCGCAGAUGGAUUUGAUUUGAACGACGCUCUGGGUCCAGACCCUGUGCCAGACAAGCCAGCUGUAGUCCCACCUAAAGACGGAGGAACGGGUGGAACCGGGGGCGGAUCCUUUAAUGACAACGACCUGUUUGAUGUCAGCGGAGGAAGUGACUACAAACCUGACAAAGGCAAGGGUGGAGCCAGAGCAUCUGACGACAACACCAAUGACCCAGGCAGAAAUGGACCAGCUUCUGACCAGCCUGCAGAUGGCCUGCUGGGGAUGCCCUGGGCUCAGGGGAUGCUGCAGAAGCUGCUGGGGGACGAGCUGCCCGAGGGCCUCCACGUGUGGAUCGCCAACCUCAAGGCCGUCGUCCAGCCGCUCCUGGAGAGGACGCUGGAACUGAUCGACGUUGCCAUGGGCAACCAGAAGCAGGAGGAAUGAGACGAGACGCCACACACACUCUCAGAUUAGUUUUGCUUUGUGUCUCCACCAGUCAAGACUGUAGACUGGAAUUCAGGCAAAGAAUAGUUCUCAGUAGUGGUAGUCGUGUGUGUUAGUGUGUGUGUGUGAGUUUUGGGUUGUGGGUUGUGGGUGAGUUUUAGUAGCUUGUUUUUGCAUAGGUCGGUGAGGGUGUUUUGCAAACAGGGGUGGGGUAAAGGGUGGGAGAUGUGUGUCUGUGUGUAUGUAUGUGUGUGUGUGUGUGUGUGUGUGUGUGUGUGUGUGUGUGUGUGUGUGUGUGUGUGUUUGUGUGUGUCUGUGUGUGUAGCUGAGGAAAAUAUUUGCUUCCUCUACUAUACUACAUUCAUACUGGUCAGUGUGUGUGUGUAUGUGUGUGUGUGUGUGUGUUGCUCUUAGACACUUCUGACCUCUUCUCCUGCAUGAAGGACUUUCUGCUCCAUCAGUCAUUGUGUAGUUGUUUCGUUAUCUUCUUGGAUAUUCCUGGGGUUUCUCUCUGGAGCAGACGCUGAGCCACUACCUCCUCUUAAUCCACUACCUCCUCUUAAUCCACUUCCUCCUCCACUUCCUGUCCCUAUCUGUGCUUCUCAUGUCCUUUCUUGAUAUAGCACACAACGAUGCAUGCCAUUCACAUUCUUUCCCUUUGGAUAGCUCGCUUAGACUGGUUAGGGAAGGUUAACAGGGUCGUUGAAGGUCACGACAGGUCAUUGAAGGUCAUGACAGGUCAUUGAAGGUCACGACGGAGGUCAGUGAAGGUCAUGUGAGGUCACAGCGAUGCAAUGUCUAAUCUGAUGACCUGCGCCUCAGGCCGGUGAAGAGACUGACCUGUUGCCGAGGUGUGUGACGGUGACUGAGGUGCUGUGUGACGGUGCUGUGUGACGGUGCUGUGUGUGGUGUGUGUGUGUGUGUGUGUGUGUGUGUGUGUAUGUGUGUGACGGUGUUAUGUGACGGUUCUGGGGGGUAUUCGUUAUUCUGAGGGUCAGAGGUCAAUUGUGCUGAAACCAGAGCUGACGACUUUUGAGACCAGAUCAGAGUGAGAGUGAGAGCGAUUUAGCGAACUACCGGUUCAACGUAUUUUUCUGUACCGAACACGCCCCAUAUUGUUUGCCGUGUGCUCGUUUUAAUCCCACAUUAGUAUGUAGUGUUGUGGUAGUGCACGGGUCGCUUUGUCGUCAGCUUAAUGCAGAAAUCACAGAUUUGGGGAGGAGGAGGAGACGACGACAAGUUAACGUGAGAAAAGGCAGGAGUGGCAUGAAGGAAUGAAAUCAAUCUCAGCGCAUGAGAGUUGUCAGCCUGGAAUGGCGUUCGGAUUCGUCACCCCGGAAUGCCGCACGGAUUCAUCAGCCUGGAAUGCUGUACACCUCAUUCCCCAUAACAGUAAACCUGAGUAACUACGCCGGUACUAUCUAACUGCCCUUGGCCUAUGAGACUGGUGUUGGGUAUCUACCCCGGUACUGUGUAACUGCCCUUGGCCUAUGAGACUGGUGUUGGGUAUCUACCCCGGUACUGUCUAACUACCCUUGGCCUAUGAGACUGGUGUUGGGUAACUACCCCAGGCCUCUAACACCUUGUCCUAACCAGAUGCGAUGCGAGCGAACAUUAGCAAGAAAAUCCGUUUCAUUGCAUUGUUUUCAAUUGGAGGGUCCUGACUGCAAGCGACGCGAGCAGUGCAAUGUUUCUGAGAGAACUUGUGUCGGACGCCCGGUUUCUAUUUUCUUUUCGUCGCUUGCUUUGCUCUGCUAUUUUGAAUGAGAAGUAUGGAAGCCUGUGACGCUAUAGAAGGGCCAAAUCUAGCGGAUUCAGUGUAGACGGGCUACAUUGACGGUCGCUCACUGAGAUCCUGUUAGGACACACUGGGUGAAUAUCUGCCCCGGGCCUUUGAGAGUUGCCCUGGAUAACUGCCCCUCGGCCUCUGAAGGGUCGUUUCAGCCCGGUCACACACACCCUGUUGCAACACGCCAGCCUUGGCCUGUUUCCGUCGCCGUGGUUACAGCCCCUGAGAGAAGAGAAGAGAAGAGAAGAGACUGAGUCAGCACACAUUCCUGGCAUUGCAGGCGUGUAGAACAGAACGAAUGACAUGCAGCAGGUUUCUACAUACACACACACAUGCACUCUCACUCACGUGCACAGACACACACACACAAACACUCACAUGCACACACACACACACAUGCACUCUCACUCUCACUCACACUCACAUGCACACACACACAAACAGACACACCCAUAAUGUACACACACACACUCGCACAAUACUCUUACACAUGCAUGCAAUACUGCAUGUGCGCACACACACACACACACACACACACACACACACACACACACACACAUACAUACAUACAUACAUACAUACAUACAGUACAUACUGUACAUAAAUACACACACACACACACACAUCUCUUUUCUGUUCUGUUCUGUGUUUGCCAGCUGUUCUCAGUUUGCUCAGGGAAGCUCUCUGCUUCUGCAUGUAACAGUGGGACACAUUCACUCUCUGUGUUCAUGGUGUGUGUGUGUGUGUGUGUGUGUGUGUGUGCGUGCUCUCUCUCCUCUGAAGGCCUGUGUGUGUGCACAUUUGUGCUUUCUGUCCUCUGUAGGCCUGUGUGUGUGUGUGUGUGUGUGUGUGUGUGUGUGUGUGUGUGUGUGUGUGUGUGUGGUUGUGUGUGUGUGUGUGUGUAUGUAUUACUGUGGGACUGGCCGAUUUUGUGUCCUCAUAAUUCUUUGGGACCUUAACCAAAUUUUGCAUGUUUGCAAAUGUUGUGUGUGUGUGUGUCUGUGACUAGUGUUGGGUCAACAGCAUGUGCAUUGUUUGUUUACACGUUGUUUACACGUUGCCUCAUCUGUUGUGAGAUUGAGCAUUGUUUUGCUGUUGUUGUUGUUGUUUAUGCUUUGCUGAAUAAAGACACACUCCAGGUGAGAACCCUGUGA